ACUUAGUUCUUAUUAACCUUAUUCUGUUGUAUUUAAAAUCCGAUAAGAAAUUAAAUUGGAAAACGCUACGUAAUAUAGGUUCUUAAUUGUUCAAACGAUUUCGUGAGUAAUUCAUGUAUGUUUUUCUCAAAAAAAAUUGUUACAAUGAGUUUAGAGAGCGCAAAGAAAAUAGCUAGUCGACAAGCAGUUGAGGAUUAUUUGGCAAAUAAUACAAUAGUAGGCAUUGGGAGUGGAUCCACAAUCGUUUAUGCAGUUGAGAAGAUAUCAGAAAUUGUUAAGAACCUAAACUGGAACAUAAAAUGCGUCCCAACCUCAUUCCAGGCAAAACAACUAAUCCAUAAACACAAUUUAGAUCUCACCGAUCUUGAAACAAAUCCUGAGUUAGAUAUCUGUUUCGAUGGUGCUGAUGAAGUUGACGAAAAUUUAAAUCUAAUCAAAGGAGGUGGAGGAUGUUUACUACAAGAAAAAAUUGUUGCAAGUUGUGCAAAGACAUUAGUUAUUGUAGCUGAUUACUCAAAGGAUUCAACUUACCUUGGAGAGAAAUACAAAAAAGGGAUUCCUUUAGAGGUUGUUCCAAUGUGCUAUUCUCCUAUUCUGAAAAAAAUUCAGAAACGGUUUGGAGGGACUGUGUCGCUCAGAAUGGCUCAAGCUAAAGCUGGACCAGUAGUUACAGAUAAUGGUAACUUCAUAUUAGAUUGGUUCGUUUUCGAUAAAAAACUGGAUUGGGAGAAGAUAAAUUUAGAAAUCAUACAAAUGCCUGGAAUUGUUGAGACCGGAUUGUUUAUCAAUAUGGCAGCAAAAGCCUAUUUUGGAUUAGUAGAUGGUUCUGUAAAAACCAGAAAAAAACCUGAACUCACAUUUAAGUGAAAUCUGAUUAAUAUUUCUGAACAAUAAAAAAUUUUUACUUUCAA